AUGCCCAUCAUCGACACGACAAAAGACCUCUCAGCGCUUUUCACCCAACAAGCACGAGCGACCCCAGAUGCUGUCGCUUUAGAAGACGACAAGCACAGCUACACGUAUGCUGAGCUCCACGAGAAGGUUGCAGCUUUAGCCGACCGCCUCCGAGCCCAUGGCGUCGGUCGCGAUGGCCUUGUCGGCGUACUGCUACCCCGGUCCGCUGACUAUGUAAUCGCUUGUCUGGCUGCAUUGCGCGCCGGCGGUGCUUUUCUGGUCCUUGAGCUUGCUUAUCCUCCGGAUCUGCUGGCCGAUGUCAUUGACGAUGCACGCCCAGUUGUUGUCGUGACGGUGCGUGCCGAAGUCGACAAGAUCAAGCAAGGGGUCCCCCUCAUCACCCUCGACGAAGAAGCCUCCAACAGCAAUGGCCAUGUACAGGAGAGCGAACUUGCUCAGCUGCCCGCAGAGACCGACCUUGAUAAGCUAAGCUUUGUUGCUUACUCGAGUGGGACUACUGGCAAGCCCAAAGGCAUUGCAAACCCUCACAGAGCGGCUGUCCUCUCAUAUGACCUUCGCUUCGGCCUAUCUGACUUGCAACAAGGAGAUCGUGUUGCUUGCAAUGUCUUCUUUGUUUGGGAGAUUAUUCGGCCGCUCCUCCGCGGCGCGACUGUCGUUGCUGUUCCCGAUGAGGCGAGCUAUGAUCCACGCAUGCUUGUCGAUUUGCUGUCUUCGAAAAAGAUCACAGAAACUCUGUUCACACCGACCUUAUUUGCAGCUAUACUUUCCCGACAUCCUAACUUGGGCAACCGACUGCCUAACCUGAAAACCAUAUGGUUGAACGGCGAAGUGGUGACCACAGAUCUUGCCCGCCGUGGUCUCAAGAUCUUACCAAACGCUCGCCUGCUCAACGUUUACAGCGCUUGUGAGACUCAUGAGGUCGCCUGCGGUGAUAUACGAGAGAUGCUUGAGAAAAUCGAUCCGAAAGCCCUCUACUGCCCAGUCGGUCCUCCCUUGAUCGACAAGAAGUACAUUUACAUUCUUAAUGAAAGUGGUCACAGGGUUGAAGAUGGCACUAAUGGCGAGCUUUUCGUUGGCGGCCAUCUCCUGGCUCGAGGCUACCUCAAUCUUCCCGAGACGACGGAGAAAGCAUUCACCCCGAAUCCCUUCAGUGCCAAGUCUGGUGCUCGAAUGUACAGAACCGGUGACAAGGCACGUCUGCUUCCAUCUGGGCUGCUCGAGAUCACUGGACGAGUUGGGGCUAUGAUCAAGCUCCGCGGCUACUCUGUGGUUCCUGGAAAAGUCGAAAAUGACAUCGUUCAAUAUCUCUCUGUCAGCCGCUGUGCGGUUGUAGCUCACGGCGAGGGUAUUGACAAACAAUUGGUUGCGUACUUUGUCCGUGACAAAGACGCUUCUUCUCCUGAGCGACCCAACAUUGAAAUCGAUAGCGAUGCGCGUAGCAUGAGCGCGAGGCAGGUACUCAAGCCUUAUCUGGCGCACUACAUGAUCCCUCACCUAUGGGUUGAAAUGGACGAUUUGCCUACGCACGAAGUAUCCGGGAAAGUCGACCUCAAAGCACUGCCGCCCCCGAACACAAGGACAAAGUCGCCAACUGGAAAGCGAGCUGCAUACGAGCAGGAUCCCAUUGACAUUGGGCAAAUUACUUCUGUGUGGGCAUCCAUUCUUGGUAUUCAGCCAAGCUCCAUCACUCCCGAGUAUAACUUCUUCGACCUGGGUGGUCAUUCUCUGUUACUCGCCGACCUUGCUGCCCGGCUUUCGAAUAGAUUCGGAUUGAAGAUUCCUGUAGCUAGACUUGCUGAUCCAGCCACCCUCAACGGCCAUCUGGACACAGUGCGCGCUGUCCGCGAUGGACAGACCGCUGCGGUUCAAGCCGACCUUCCUGCGGUCCUGCGGGCUGACUCCGUGCUCGACAAGGAAAUCCAACCUACUAAUACCAAGAUGAACGCGCUGAAGGAUGCAAAGACUGUUCUUCUUACCGGCGUGACCGGCUUCUUGGGUGCUUUCCUGUUGCGCGAUCUUCUCGACAGCACUUCUGCGAAGAUCAUAUGUCUUGUGCGUUUUAGCGAUGCAUCACAGGACGAAAUUCCUGCUGGUAUCGCAAGAAUCAGGCGAAAUUUGCUCGACUUCGGCCUGUGGAGCGAUCUUAUCAUGGAACGCGUGGAAAUUCUUCCCGGAAAUCUGUCCCGGAGACGCUUUGGUCUGCCACCUGAUGCGUUUGCAGAGAUCGCUAAACGCGUGGACGUCAUCGUUCAUGCCGCCGCUACCGUCAACUUGGUUUAUCCCUACGCUGCACUGCGACUGCCCAACGUCAUCGGCACGAAGGAAAUCCUGCGUUUGGCUUGCCAAGGCGGGGCUACUGUCCAGUAUGUUUCCACCAACGGAGUGUUGCCUCCUGCAUCCGGAGAAGCGGGCUGGCCGGAGGAUGCAAUGCUGCCAGUUGAAGAUGUCCCAGAGAAGCUCGCAGACGGAUAUGGCCAGACCAAAUGGGUCGCUGAACAACUGGUCCUAGAAGCGAGCCGACGUGGUCUACCAGUGAAGGUCCACCGUUGCGGUACGAUUAGCGGCCACAGUCAAUCCGGAUCAUCGAAUGCCUGGGAUCUUUUAACAGCACUUUUGGUGGAAUCUGUUCGUAUCGGUCACUAUCCUGAUGUCAAAGGCUGGCGAGCUGAGAUGACUCCGGUCGAUUUUGUCAGUAAAGCAAUCGUUCAUCUUGGAAACCAGUUAGAUGCGGACCAAGUUAUCUUCCAUCUUGGAGACCCAACACCUGUCGACACCAGCGCAGUUUUCGAGAACUUGAACAACCUCGGUUACCCUACGCAGCCACUCGAGUUCGACAAGUGGGUUGAGCUAUGGGACGACAAGCGAGGCUCUGCUAAGGGCGGAGACGGUGCAUUCACCAUCGAUAUCCUGCGCAGUGGUAUGCCCAGUGUCGAGUUCCUCCGCGACAUCGUUGUACUUGACAACGCAAAGACGAGGCCAUUCCGCGCUGCUGUAGAGCGGCCCAAGGUAGACGAGACCCUACUCGAGACCUAUACCCGUCAUUGGUACGCCCGCGGAUGGCUCCCUAAGCCGCCGGCUACUUCAAACGCAACCGGCGGCACCGGCCAGCUCCCUAAGAGGGGUCCGCUUUACAACAAAGUGGCUGUUGUCAUGGGUGCUUCGUCAGGAAUUGGUGCCGCAACUGCUACAGCUCUGGCCCGCGAGGGGUGCCACGUCGCGCUCGCUGCACGUCGUAUCGACGCUCUUGAGGACCUGAAGAAGCGCAUCGUUGUGCGUGAAGGAAAAGUCUUUUGCCAGAAGACAGAUGUCACCGACAGAGAGCAGGUGCAGGCGCUCAUUGCUGCAACUGAGAAGAAGCUAGGCCCAAUCGACAUUUUCAUUUCCGUAUCGGGCGUCAUGUACUUCACUAUGAUGAAGAAUGUGCAGACUGAAGAGUGGGACCGUACCGUUGAUGUCAAUUGCAAGGGUCUCCUCAACUGCAUCUCAUCGACGGUUCCUUCUAUGCUUUCUCGUGGCAAGGGCCACUUUGUUGCGAUCUCGUCAGAUGCAGGACGCAAGGUCUUCCCUGGUCUCGGUGUCUACUCUGCCAGCAAGUUCUUUGUUGAGGCUACCCUCCAGGCUCUGCGAGUUGAAACAGCAGGCACUGGUCUCCGAGUUUCGAGUCUCCAGCCUGGUAACGUAGCAACGGAUUUGCUUGGCAUGUCGACUGAUGCUGAGGCACUGAAGAAGUUCGGCGAGCCGACAGGGGCCAAGGUGCUCGACCCCGAGGAUGUGGCGAACGCCAUUGUCUACGCUCUCAAGCAGCCAGAUCACGUUGCCAUGAAUGAAAUCCUCAUCGAGCCGCGCGACGAGCCGAUUUAG